CGACUGCUGCCCGCUCCGCUCUCGCUUCUCUCCUGCUCGCCAUGGACUCGUUGACUUUCUCCCGGCGCCCCGGCCAGGCUCUCUCGGCCGCCGCCGCCCUGGCCACGGAGCUCUCCCGGCCCCUGACCGACGGGCUUAUCAAGUCCCCCAAGCCCCUGAUGAAGAAGCAGGCGGUGAAGCGGCACCACCACAAGCACAACCUGCGGCACCGCUACGAGUUCCUGGAGACCCUGGGCAAGGGCACCUACGGGAAGGUGAAGAAGGCGCGGGAGAGCUCGGGGCGCCUGGUGGCCAUCAAGUCCAUCCGGAAAGAUAAAAUCAAAGAUGAGCAAGAUUUGAUGCAUAUACGUCGGGAGAUUGAGAUCAUGUCGUCACUCAACCACCCCCACAUCAUCACCAUCCAUGAAGUGUUUGAGAACAGCAGCAAGAUCGUGAUCGUCAUGGAGUACGCCAGCCGGGGUGACCUGUAUGACUACAUCAGUGAGCGGCAGCGGCUCAGUGAGUGUGAAGCCCGGCAUUUCUUCCGGCAGAUCGUCUCUGCCGUGCACUACUGCCACCAGAAUGGAGUUGUCCACCGGGAUCUUAAGCUGGAGAACAUCCUCUUAGAUGCCAAUGGAAAUAUCAAGAUUGCUGACUUUGGCCUCUCCAACCUGUACCACCAAGGAAAGUUCCUGCAGACGUUCUGUGGGAGCCCACUCUAUGCCUCACCCGAGAUCGUCAAUGGGAAGCCCUACACGGGUCCAGAGGUGGACAGCUGGUCCCUGGGUGUUCUCCUCUACAUCCUGGUGCAUGGCACCAUGCCUUUUGAUGGACAGGACCAUAAGACGCUGGUGAAACAGAUCAGCAGCGGGGCCUACCGAGAGCCGCCUAAACCCUCUGAUGCCUGCGGCCUCAUCCGGUGGCUGCUAAUGGUGAACCCCACCCGCCGGGCCACCCUGGAGGAUGUGGCCUGUCACUGGUGGGUCAACUGGGGCUAUGCCACCCGUGUGGGGGAGCAGGAGGCUCCGCGGGAGGGUGGGCACCCUGGCAGUGACUUCGUCCGGGCCUCGGUGGCUGACUGGCUCCGGCGCUCGUCCCGCCCCCUCCUGGAGAACGGGGCCAAGGUGUGCAGCUUCUUCAAGCAGCAUGCGCCGGGCAGUGGGAGCACCGCCCCUGGCCUGGAGCGCCAGCAUUCGCUCAAGAAGUCCCGCAAGGAGAAUGACAUGGCCCAGUCUCUCCAGGGCAACCCAGCCAACGACUCCUCCCCUCGCCCUGGCAAGAGCAACCUCAAGCUGCCAAAGGGGAUUCUCAAGAAGAAGGUGUUGCCCUCGGAGGGGGCAAAAGAGGACCCUCAGGAACCCAGCCUUGUCCCUGUGAGCCCAGGGCAGGCUGGCCCCCUGCUCCCCAAGAAGGGCAUCCUCAAGAAAUCUCAGCAGCGCGAGUCUGGCUACUACUCCUCUCCUGAGCCCAGUGAGUCUGGGGAGCUGUUGGAUGCAGGGGACGUGUUUGUGAGUGAAGACCCCACGAAGCAGAAGCCACCCCAGGCCUCGGGGCUGCUCCUCCGUCGCAAGGGCAUUCUCAAACUCAACGGCAAGUUCUCCCGCACCGCCCUGGAGCUCACAGCCCCUGCCACCUUUGGCUCCUUGGAUGAACUGGCCACACCUCGCCCCCCAGCCCGGGCCAGCCGUCCCUCAGGGGCUGUGAGCAAGGACAGCAUUCUGUCCUCUGAGUCCUUUGACCAGCUGGACUUGCCUGAACGGCUCCCUGAGCCCCCACUUCGGGGCUGUGUAUCUGUGGACAACCUCAUGGGGCUUGACGAGCCCCCCACAGAAGGCCUGAGGCGCUGGCGGCAGGAUCCCCUGGGGGGGGAUAGCUGUUUUUCCCUGACAGACUGCCAGGAGGUGACAGAGACCUACCGACAGGCACUGGGGGUCUGCUCAAAGCUCAGUUGAGGGUGGAAGGGGUUCCCCGGCUGGGCAGACUCUGCACCCCUAGGGGAGAGUGCCUUCUCCCCUGCCCCCGAGGACCAGUGUCCCAGCUCAGGAGGCUAAGAUGGUUUGCAAGGGAGCCCUGGGGAGGAUGUGGGAAAUGGGCAAAUGGAGUUUGCCCAGGGUUCAUGUCUUUGGCCCUAGUGAGCCAGGAAGAUAAUAGAGGGGGAAAGACUAAAGGAGUGGGGGAAUGGGAAGGCCUGUGGCGAGUCCAGAUAGCCUGUUUCUUGUACAGAUGAUGGGGAUGCAGAGCCCUGGAGAGAGCCUCUGUCAGUGCCUAUCUCCUUUAUUGCCAUGAACAAGUCAUGCACGGUGCCUUGCAAGCACAGCCCCUUCCCUACUCAUUCCCUGCCACAGUGGUGAUGGACAGUCUUCACACACACCCCUCCCCAUCAACCACCAGAACUGGAAUAUGUGACACCUCUGAUGUGCCUGGGGUGUCCUGGGAAUGGUCUGGAGUAACCCUUCCUUAUUUAUCCCCAGGAAUGAGAGAACACAAGCUCUGUUCCUCAAAGGUUCUCUCCCCUUCCCCAUCCUCCAAACCAGGCCUGAGCCUCCUGGAGUCGCUGCUAUGAAUCUAAAAGACUUGAAAAGGCUCAGGCUGCUAAUGGACUUCAUCUCAAGGGGCCCAGACUUCUCUGGACCCCACCUUGGACCUCAAAGACUGGGAACGUGUGCCUCUAAGCUGCUCCUGAAGUCUAGUCUAUGGAUGUGUCUGUUUCUCGGGGCUUUCAGGACUCUAGAAUGACCUUAUUUAUUUUUAUGUUCUUAACUCUGUUUUAAAAAAGUGAAUCUUGCUGUUUUCAAUAAUGUGAAUGGUGUGUUCUGGGGAAUCCACUAUGACAUCUAAGUUUUGUCUAAAGAGAUUUCUGCAAUGAUUCUGCACUGAUCAUGGGGUAAGGGUGAUCUUUUGCAAAUCCACAUGCUCCAUUGCACCGUCUGGAGAUGGGUCUCUGGUUCCCCUCACUCCACACCCCGAUUCGGUCUACCUGACAGUCCCUCUUCCUUUCCUCUAUAGCCAGGAAGAACCGCUCCAUUAAAACCAGCAUGGUGACUGGAAAA